ACCAACCCCCACCUACCAGCGUGCGUCUCUCGCCUCUCUCUCGAAUCUCUCGCGCACUCGGAGCUGCCGAGCAUGGAGACGUCGCACUCCGCGCCUUCGCCUCGUCCUCGACUCCUCCUCGCCUCGCCCGCGCUCUGACUCGAGACUCGACGCGACACCUUUCGCCGACAACGGCUUUCGGGGGGGGGGGAGGAGAGGGGAUAGCGAACUCCUCGAAUAGCUCGACUCUAUCAGUGACUUGGAGACUGCAGUCUUUAGCCGGUCUUAGUUCCUUUCUCGCCGUCCGUCUCUCUCUCUCGCUGUCUUUCGUCAUCCUCUCGCCGAGACGAACCCUGAGACGUCGUUAAGCCGGUCAAUAGCGGCCUAAAGUCGCGAUUAAUUGUCGGCUCAGGACAACCCCGGCAUAAUCUGCGCACCUCGGCGCGUCUCCGCCGCACAAUACCGACAUCACCAGCGCCGCCGCCGGCGCCUUUGCAAUCGACACAUUUCAUCAAGUCAUCACCAUCAUCAUCAGCAGCAGCAGCAUCGGCGUUGACUUCCUCACCUCGCCUUACAUGGACGAACCGGCACUGCCGCGCAUCUGCUGAAGUCCUCGAGUCCACUCUGCGUGUUGUUGUUUGUUGCUGCUGCUGCUGCUGUUGACCGCCUGCAAGCGACGAUGUCUCUAAACCUGCAAGCGCACCGAGCGGGCAACUCCGAGCUCAUCCUACCCGAAGCCCGCGCUCAGGACGCGAGAGAGACGGAGAAGGCGCAGGCGGGCAAGGCGGACGAGGCUGGGGGCGAGGAUCCGUCCAAGAAGAAGAGGCAGCGGCGGCAGCGGACGCACUUCACGUCGCAGCAGCUGCAGGAGCUGGAGGCGACCUUCCAGCGCAACCGCUACCCGGACAUGUCCACGCGGGAGGAGAUCGCGGUGUGGACCAACCUCACCGAGGCGCGCGUCCGGGUGUGGUUCAAGAACCGGCGCGCCAAGUGGCGGAAACGUGAGCGGAACCAGCACGCGGAGCUGUGCAAGAACGGCUUCGGCCCCCAGUUCAACGGACUCAUGCAGCCCUACGAUGACAUGUACUCGGGAUACUCGUACAACAACUGGGCAGCCAAGAGUCUCACCUCCAACCCGCUCUCCUCCAAGAGCUUCCCCUUCUUCAACUCCAUGAACAUGAACGCCGCUCUCUCGUCACAGAGCGUCUUCUCGUCUCCGGGCACCAUGAGCAUGUCGACGGGCAUGGUGCCACCGUCCGUGCCCAGCGUGCCCACCGCGGGCCUCAACAACCUGAGCGGGCCCGCGCUCAGCUCGGCCGGUCCCACGUGUCCCUACGGAGGCCCUCCGGCGGCCGCGUACAUGUACAGGGAUACGUGCAACUCGAGCCUGGCCAGCCUGCGUCUCAAGGCGAAGCAGCACUCCGGGUUCGGCUACCCGGCCGGCGUGCAGCCGCCACCCGCGGCGUUAAGCGCCUGCCAGUAUGCCAUGGAGAGGCCCGUUUGAUUCGCCGUGGGACUUUUAUAUAUAAAUAUAUACAUGUAUACAAGCAAACAUACGUACACGGAGUGCGCACGCAACCUACCCACGAGCACGCACUCACGAGCACGAGAGAAGACAAGAAGGACGAGGAGGAUGGAGAAGCGAAGAGACGGUUUGGAGCAAGGCUAAGAUGAAGAGUGGUUGGUUGGUUGGUGGUGGUGGUUGUUGUGGUGGUGGUGGGGGUAGGAGAGAUCUGACACGGGUUGGAGGAGUGAGCGUCCCCCGCUACUCCACACCCAUGGGUAUCUCCGUGCUGGGAGGGGGGGGCGUUAAUUCUUAAAUUCCACCGCCGCUGCGUUUGUGUAUUGGGGGAAACCGCGCGUGGCGAAUCGGGCGUGACUCGACCGAGUGAGACUGAAAACUAAAAACCCUAACUACACACGAUAAAAUAAUAAAAUAAACCCCCGCCACGCAAACAAGGACUUAAUCAGUGACAGGACGUGUGGAUGAUUCGUCUCCGCUAUAUCAACGUCUCGAUCUAAGUGUUAUAUAUCUAUCCCUGUUAUCUGCAUCCAUCUCGCGCUGCAAGAAUUCUGCCCGGGUACAGAAGCGACUCUUUCAUCUCCGGAGUUCGUCCAUUAAUUUGAUGAUGAUAUUAAUGAUAUUGAUGAUGAUAUUGAUGAUGAUACUGAUGAUGGGGGGAAGUUUGGGGGGGUGGGGGUUCAAACGUACGGUAAAAUAAUAUCUGACUUUGUUUUCCAAUUAAACUGAUGCGAAGUUCCCCCACCCCAUGCUAAAAUAAUAGUAAAAAAAAAUAAGACAAUAGGACUUGAGAACUGAAGGACGCCGUGGUUGUAUAACAUAAUCUUAGUGAUGGUUAGGGACGCGUAUAUAUAGGUACUUGACGGGAUGAAUGUACAUACACUGUAAUGUCGUCGUUUUGUAAUCGUUAUCCGAUGUUGAUGUGGCGUAUAUUUGAAAGAACAAUAAAAAUCUGUGUCUCAUCACCAA